AUGAACUUUGUGAAUGCCUUCCAUGCAAACGCUGUUCAACUAGAGCGCAUCAACAGAUCUUUCAUGGCCUUGAUCCCCAAGAAACCAGGUGCAACAGCAGUUGACGCUUUCCGUCCAAUUUGCCUGCAAAACUGUACUGUCAAGAUAGUGGGAAAAUGUUUGACAAUGAGGCUGCAGAAGGAAAUCGAAAAUCUAAUUGAUCUGAAUCAGACGGGCUUCCUCCAUGCCCGGUCAAUCUCAGAGACCUUUGUCUUUGCGGCUGAGGUAGUGCAGACCUGCUGCACAAGAAAGACCCCGACUCUUGUGCUGAAGCUAGAUUUUGCUAAGGCCUUCGACACUGUCAAUUGGAAUGCUUUGGACCAAAUCUUGGAGGCAAAAGGAUUCAGUGGUUUGUGGAGACAUUGGAUGCGCAAUCUCCUUGGUUCCUCAAAGUCAGCUGUCCUCUUGAACGGUGUGCCUGGCCCUUGGAUCAACUGCAAACCUGGCCUUCGUCAGGGAGACCCUCUUUCACCUUACCUCUUCCUUCUGGUGGCUGAUACCUUGCAAGCGCCGAUCAAGAGCAAGCCUAACUUGAUUCACCACCUAAUUGCUCCCAACAUCGGGUGUGUGACACUACGGUAUGCAGAUGAUACCCUCAUCGUCAUGAGAGGAGAGCCACAGGAUCUAUGCAACUCUCUGUCCAGCAGCUGGAAUGUCGUGUGGAAUCCUUUCCACAGAACUAUCUGGGACUUCCUCUUUUCGGCCUCCAAGCUCCCGGUGGCGGCCUUCAAUCCGUACAUUGCCAGAACGGACGCCUUCCUCUCCUCCUGGCAAGCUUCCCUGCUGAAUAAAAUGGGAAGAGUGGUUAUGAUCAACUCCGUGCUCGACAGUCAGCUUGUUUACGCCAUAUCUGCCCUUUGUGUUCCACCGACCACAAUAAUGGAGAUUGACAAAAGACGCCGAGCCUUCCUAUGGGCUGGCGAAGCUAACAUUUCUUCGGCCAAAUGCCUGGUUGCCUGGGAAAAGUGCUACACCACCAAAGAUCUUGGUGGGCUGGGGAUCAAGGACUUUGCCACUCAGAAUAUCUGCCUCCUCCUCAAGCUUAUUCACAAGCUACAUUGCUCACAGAACUCUGCAUGGGAGGCUUGGGUGCGGGCAAAUACCAAUUUCGCAACUCUACAAGGUCAUCUGCAGGGGAACCGCUGGGAGACACUGCGCUCGAUUCUGCCCCUAUACAAAGCCCUCACUACGGUUGAGAUUAAGGAUGGGGCGGCCACAUCUUUCUGGAAUGACGUCUGGUACAUGGAUGAAGCCUUAGCUGACAAACUACCAGCGCUUUACAGCCAUUGCACAAAGAAAGAUGCUUCAGUCAGGGAUGUGAUCCUCUCUCAACUCAAUGAUGCUUUUGUUCCAAGGCUAACCUCUCAGGCGUCUUCACAAUUGCAACAGCUGCAAGAAAUUGUGGCACAGACUACUCUGGAGACAGGAAAUAACAUAAGAAAAUCUCAAUUCGACUGUGGCAAUGGAAGACUAGACUCAACUUCGAUCUACAAGCUCCUCAAGGCCAAACAAAACCCAGUUGAUCCCAUGUCAGACUUCAUUUGGGGGAAGUGCUCUCCUCCAAGAGUUCAAUUCUUCAUGUGGCUCGCAUCAAAGGGAAGAUUACAGUGCCGGGCAAACCUAUUCAAGAAAAGAAUUGUCACAACCCCAGCCUGUGAAGUAUGUCAAGGGACGGAGGAAACGACGGACCACAUCCUGCUGCACUGCCCUUUUGCCAGAGGUUUCUGGAAUGCUUUGGGGCUCCUAAUCGACGAUGGCUUGACUGUCCACGGUAUGCAAUCCCUGCCGAGGAUCCAAAACAUCCCGGCCAAGCAGUUCAGCAGCUUCCUAGCCCUGUGCUGCUGGCAACUAUGGAAGCGGCGCAAUGCUCUCAUCUUCCGCAAUGAAAACCUUCCCCUUCGCCAAGUGCUGCACGCCUAUGCCUUGGAUGCAGCUGCCUGGCGCCCUCGGUCCAAGAAAAAGGAAAAGGAGAUCAACACUGCCUGGUGUUCUUAUCUCCAAUCAAUGCUAAACCAGAAUCACUAG